CAAUCCACCCGGGUCGGCUUGUGGGGGCGAGAGAAGGUAGAGAAAUCGAGAAAGGAAGGAAAAGCCAUUUGAGCCAGAGAAACCAAAAAAAAAAAUCUAUCAAUUUUGUGUAGAGGAGAAGGUGGUGCUUUCUUUCUGCCAUCCAGUUCCUAUCUCACCUAUUCUCUCCUUGCCUCAGGCUGCUCAAAACUUCUCUCUUUUCAUACUCUCGGAUUGAAUACAUUUUUAUCAUUUCAAAUCCAUGGAAAGUUAGAUUGAUCUGCUCUUAUAAUUUGGUGCUGCUUGUGUUGUUGAUUUCUAUCCUCUUCCUCCAUCAACCUCUGCUUUUUCCUCCCUUUUUUAAUUUUUUGUCUCCGUCUUUCUUCUCAAAUACAUGGGGAGAACAAGAACAACAACAAAACAGGCUGUUGACCCAAAUGGAUCUGCAACCCAAAAUAUGUUAGUAAUUGCAAAAGAGCCCAGAUACAGAGGAGUACGAAAGAGACCAUGGGGAAGAUUCGCUGCGGAGAUUAGAGAUCCCUGGAAAAAGACCAGAGUUUGGCUGGGCACCUUCGACUCUGCAGAGGAUGCAGCGCGUGCCUACGAUGCGGCUGCUCGCACCCUCCGCGGAGCAAAGGCCAAGACAAACUUUCCUAUCUCCACAACGAACCAGUUAUUCAAUCAUCAAAAUCAAAACCAAAGCCCAACCGAUCCCUUCUUGGAUCACCACAGUAUAAAUCCCCAAAGACCCACAUCUAGCAGUUUGAGCAGUACAGUGGAGUCUUUCAGCGGUCCUAGGCCUCCGCAGCCAACAACAACAACAAAAUCGGGAAAUGGGCCGAGGAGAUCUCAUCCACGGAUCCCACCGGUUGUUCCAGAAGAUUGUCAUAGCGAUUGCGAUUCAUCUUCUUCGGUGGUUGAUGACAGAGAUGUCGCAUCCGCUGCUUCUUCUUUGUGCCGCAAGCCUUUGCCUUUCGAUCUAAAUUUCCCACCGUUGGACCAGGUUGACUUGGGCUCUGGUGAUGAUCUCCACUGCACUGCUUUAUGCCUUUGAUGAUGGUGAUGAUGAUGAUGAUGAUUAAUGGUUAAUGAUAUAUGAUUCAAUCUCUUUUUCUUUUUUUUUGUUAAUUUUAAUUUUUCUUGUUUUUUUUUAUGAUGCGGAAGAAAAGAACAAAAAAAAACAAAUUACGAGAUUGGAUUAUGAAGACAAAAAUGAUCGAUCUUCUUUAUUAUGUAGCGAUGGUUUUUUAUGAGAAAAAAAUCCUACUAUUGUUUUUCUCUUAAUGAUUUUUUUCCUAUUUUGAGAAGGAGAAAUCUUGUUUACUCGACUACUGAAAAAAAAAGAAGAAGAAAAAGAAAAGAAAACCCAUCAUUUAGGUUGUAACAGAAAAUUUUUAUUAGAAAUGUUGUUUUCUAUUUGUA